AUGAGUGAAAGUGCGGCCACAGUCAGGCAACCACCAUUGAGCCUUCCUAACCAACGUCCAGUUCUGUUCAGAUGGACCACCACUCACGACAACAAGACGCACAAUGAAAAGAUGACUAUUUUACUUUCAGAUACAGUAUUAAUAGUGAAAGAAAAAUUGAAAAGACAAGGAAUAAUUGACGAUGUUUCUCAAUCGAAAAUGAUCUUUUCGGGAAAGAUUUUAGAAAAUAAUCAGAAAUUUUCUCAAAUAUUUGAUUUACAUUGUGAUCAAUCUGUUGAUGUACCAACUGUGCACCUCUUUGGAGGACUAGCUAAAAAUCAAAAAUCAUCAUCGAACAAGAAUGAAGAAACAAUAGAAGUGGUUGAGCCAAAAACUCCUACAACUCCCUUCACUCCAAGUACUCCAAAUUCAGCUGCAACUAUUCUUUUACAAAAACAACUAUUAUUGCAACAGCAAAUGUUGAUGACACAAAUGAUGAUGAACCAAUUAAUUUUGGCAAAUUCUCCUACUCUACACUCAGCACCUGUAGUAGGAACAUCAUCAUUCAACCCUUUCCCAUCAACUCCUACUCCAGUUACUCCUCUUACUGCAAGUGUAUUUCAACAAAAUAUGUUUCCAAGCCAGCCAACAUUUCAACAACAAUCGGCAGAAUCUCGUGUGGCAGAAGCAGCCACAACACAACCACAAGAAAGACAACCAGAAAAUAUUCAACAACCAGAAAACGUUCAACAACCACAAGGAGAGCAGCAUCAACAACCUGCGGCAGCUGCUCAAGAGCAACCUCAAAGACUCAUUGAUGACAAUGCACCAGCAGCCGCAGCUCAAGAUGAAGGAUAUAAUUUAUUUUAUACAUUUUUAAAAGUUCUUUUAAUUUCUACUGUCAUUUUUUCAAAAGAGGGAUGGGUGACAUGGUUAUCUUGCACAAUUGGAUUUUAUAUUGGAAUAAUUCUUUUGAAAUAUCUAAAUAAUGUCAUUAAUAGACGUGUACAAAGAGAUCAAGAAAGAAGGGAGAGAGAAGAGCAGGCUAGAAGAGAACAAGAAAGGCUCGAACGUGAAGGAUCCGAAAUACCACCAACUAUUGAGCUCAGUCAAGCAGCUAUACCUCAAAAUAGGGGAGUAUUUGGAACUCUUUUUCACAUAGUGUACCUAUUUUUCAUCUCGUUAGCUCCUUCAUAUCAACCAAGAAGACCUCUCGUAGUACAUGACGAGGAGAGACACGAAGAUUAA